GGCAUGACUCGUGACGACAGGGGAGGAAAGCUGUGGCGUGAAUGAGAGCGUCCCUUGAUUGUUGUGUGGAGCCACUCCCCUGGGUGUUGGAGAAAUCGCCUCCCUUGACUUUAAAUUAGACGGAAUGGUUCGGUGUCUCCAGACCCAUGGUGGAAAACAGGCGUUUGCACCCGAAGCGUAGUGUCUGUGCAGAGAGUCCCGUACAGGUGAAACGGCAACAUGAGCAAGUCUUCUAAGACAAACCUGCUGCAAGACAACAGCUGGAUCAGAAGGGCCAAUAAGUCAGAGGACACUGUGGAGCAAGAUCCAAACUUUGGCAGGUCUGUUCUAAAGGGGAACACAUCCAGCGAAACGCUUGUGAGUCCUGAUGGUGAUGAACUUACCAGAACUAAAACCACGUCAACGUCUGUGCAGUCUCUCUCCAAGAGGUUUGGGGGAAGUCCGGAUGAUUUAAAGAGCAGCGGGUCCCUUUCAUCCAGCAAGACGACAACGUCUUCCACCAAAUACUCAUAUUCAACCGUGAAGUCAGAUUCUCCUGUCACCACAACCAAGACUAUUAUAUCAGAGAAGCCAAUGUCAAGCACCACGACCACUACGAUCACCAAGAACGGCACCAGUGAGACCACCGUCACCACCACCGAGAGCGUGAGCUCUUCUGUGCUUAAAAGUCCCACUUCAACCGAAACAUUCAGCCAACGAGUCAAGGCCUCGAGCAAAGAUCCACAGUAUUCAACCUACUCCCCAAGCAGAACAACCAAAGUGACUGAGACAACCAUCACAGGCUCCAAAGACGCUGAGGACAAAUCUGAUGACAUCUUCAACCUCUCAGAUCUGAAGGACGACCCCCUGCCCAGUGACAGCAAAUCAAGUAUCUCCACAAUUGAGACUGUGAGGGUGAAAAGCAGCAGUGAUGCUAACGUUGAGGACAAACUCUAUGACACGCUCCUUCCCAGGUUUAUCAAAAAUGAUGUCCCGAGCAGCAGAACAACCAUCUCCAGCACUGAGACGGUGACAGUGAAGAGCAGCAGUGACACUGAGUUUAAGGAUAAACUCUAUGACACACGCCUUUCCACUGUCUACAAGGACGACGCCCCGAGCAGCAAAUCAAGCAUCUCCAGCUCUGAGACUGUGACAGUGAGAAGCAGCCCCAGUGGCGAUGGUGUCAAAACUACGACCACAAUUCGGACCUCCUCAAGAUCUGAUGACUUUAAUGACACCUAUCUGCCCAGGACCACUACAUCUAGUGUGUCGUCUCCCUACAGCUCGGAUAAAACCUUCUCCUACUCCAGACCAGACACCAGCUAUGAGUACACCAGCAUCACCAGCCCCUCCUCCUACUCCUCAUCGGUGUACAGGAGCAGCAGCAGCAGGUCGGACGAUAUCCUGUCAGAUCCAAUCUACUCAAGGUCAUCCAUUAAGAAUGUGUAUGCAUCUCCUGAAAGGACGGUGCUUGAGAAGGACCUGUGCACCUCCUGCCGUAAGCCCUUCACCGGUGACGCCAAGAUCGUCCUGGAGGAGAUGAACAUCAAGUGUCACGCUUCCUGCUUCAAAUGCGAGGAGUGCAACUACAAUCUGGGCGGUCUGAAGGCCGGGGACAGCAUGUGGGUCUACAGGCGAAGGGUUCACUGCGAGAACUGCUUCGAGGCCACCAGAGCGAAAUGGAGGCGCUGAGCUUCCUCCAAGCCGUCGCUGGACACGUGUGAUGAUGGAAUCACGGCUUCUGUUUUGGGUGAUCUGGAUUCUCUUUCCACUGAUAAGCUGUUAGAUCUGGGUGUUUGGGCAAAGAAGAGCUGUACUCCCAUAAAUACAGGGUGCAGCUAGAUUUUACUGUGUUGCUGACAUUAAGGCAUAUUUGUCUCUGUAUUUUCUGAUAUGGUCUUAAACCUGCUGCCUUUCGGGGACCUUUAUGUGAAAAAUGACGUUGCAGACAUAUUCAGGGCCGGGGGCUUUUUUGUGUGCAAUAAAGUCAACUGAUAAAC